CUUGUCUCGGGCUGUAUGGUCAAUCUGAUAAAGUUACCAACACUGCUUCGUAACCUCAAAACACCGAGGACUCAGAUCCAUCCAUAACUCCAGCCUCAAGAUGUCCGAGUCCGGGGAUGCACAACUGCCAGCCUCAGUGCCUCCAGUUACAGCUCCACGAAAGAGACGUCGGCCAGCCCUGUCCUGCGAGCCAUGUAGGCGCCGGAAGAUCAAGUGUGACCGCACUUACCCCUGUGGCCAAUGCCAACAGUCGAAGACCAUAUCAUGCACGUACAGUCCCGACAGCGUCCCCGGCGCAAGCCACGUGAAUCGAGGAGGAGGCAUCCAAAAACCCAGACAGGCAGUCCAAGAGCCUAGAGGAGAUUCAACCCUUGGUAGAUGGGCAAAAGAGAAUGGCAUCGCUAUUCCAAGUCGUCCCCGUGGGCCUGCAUCUACGUCUACUUCGAAUGAUCGUACUUCGGAUACCGCCUCGCUAAUGGGUCUCACUUCGUCCGAUGCGUCUCAUACGACUUGGUCUUCCCCUGGUGCCGAGGAGAUUCAGGAGCUCCAAGAUCUCGCGAGUAAUCCUAAAAGCAAGCCAUUGUUGAAUCGCAUUCUAGAAACGCACCGCCUCCUGGAAACGCUUUCAGAGGCCAAGGCCAAACCCUCGAGUACAACAGUAGAGAGAUGUUACUCCUGCCUUCUGUUAUACUUCUCUGUUGCCAUUAGCUUGUAAGAUUUAGAUAUGCGAAUACUGACUGCUAGAUACAGAGGGAAGAGUUCAAGUUCAGACUUGAGCAAAAAGACCAAGUCCGUGGAACAGUAUCCAAGACUCGAUUCUUUGGACAGAGUCACUGGAUGUACUCAUUCGGAGUAUUCGAUCACAUCUCCUGUACGAGCAUCAACCCGUCGAACAACACCCCAGAUCUGGCCGAGAACUUGAAGCAGUCGGAAGUUUAUCGCAAGCUCGAAGAAUGCAAGGCCAUAUCAAGAGCUGCGAAGGCAACACCACACAACUUGUAUCUUUUGAAUCCUAAUUUUCGUGAAGCUGUCCCACCUCGGGAUAUUUGUGACAAGCUGGUGGCGUGCUAUUUACGGACGUCUGAGUCGAUCUAUCGCAUCCUACACAUCCCUUCCUUUCACCGAGAGUACAACCAAUACUGGCUAAACCCAGCAGGCACUGGCUCACCUUUCAUCAUCAAGCUACUCUUGAUUAUGUCCAUUGGGGCUAUCUACCACCAAGAGCCAGACUCUGUCCAUUGGCGGGGUCAAGCACUUCAAUGGGUCUACGCUGCUCAGUCAUGGAUUGCUACACCGUUUGAGAAGAAGAGACUUCAUAUCUCUGGACUACAAAUCCAUUGCCUCAUCCUGAUUGCACGUCUUGAUAAUGGUGUCGCGGGAGAUCUGGUGUGGAACUCGGCUGGAGCAUUGAUUAGAACGGCAUUCCAGAUGGGGUAUCACCGUGACCCGAAAUUUCUUCCUCAAAUGUCAGCCCUGCAUGCCGAACUUCGACGACGACUUUGGGCAACUGUUCUCGAGCUCAACAUUCAAUCAUCUCUGGACUCUGGAAUGCCGGGUCUCAUUUCUCCAAAUGACUACGACACAGAACCACCAUCCAACCUUGAUGACGACGAGAUUGACGAGCACGUAACAGCCACUCCAACCCCCAAGCCAAUGGAAGUGUUCACUCAAAGCUCACUCCAGAUCCGAUUGUUGAGUAGCAUGAAGCUGCGGCUCCUAAUCGUUUCCCAUUCAAACAACAUCCGCAUGGAGCCCUCGUAUGAGGAAGUACUUCGCAUCAGCUCCGAGUUGUCAUUAGUACUGAAACAAAACAACGCGUUCAUCACAAGGAUCUGCCAGGCUUCACAGCCUCCAAGAAUAUCCCAAAUGUUACGAAACAUUUUCGACACCGCGAUCCGAAGAUUCCUACUCACUCUCCACCGGCCCUACUCUGCUCGAGCCACCCGUGAUCCGCGAUACUACUUCUCCCGCAAGGUGUGUAUCGACCUCGCCGCCACCUUCCUCACAUAUCCCUCAACCAACCCAUCCGAGCCCGUAGUCCCAGAAGGCUACCACGACGACUACACACGGAUGACCAUCAUGCGUGGCGGCUUUUGCAAAGGACUGAUUGUACAUGCAUGCAUGGUCGUAUUCUCCGAGAUUCUGGCACAGCUAGAAGAAGAUACCUCUUUCACAAGCCAAAGCAGACUCGGCCGCGAGCCACUCAAGCAACUCCUCCGAGACGCGGUCACACUCCUCGCUAAGAGAAUUGAACUCGCAGAGAACAAUGUCAAAGGGCAUUUAUUCAUGUCAGUUGUCCUGGCACAGAUCGAGGCGCUCGAAGAUGGCGAGAAUCCAGAACAACGUGUCAUGGAAGCGGGACUGAAGAGCGUGGAGAUGUGUCUUGGACUCUUGAAGAGCAGGAUACCGCAGAGACUUAGCGCAGGUGAUUAUAAUCGACAUGUUGAGGAUGGGACUUCGCCUGAUGGGAUUGGGGUCAGCGAUGAGCCUGUCGUACAUGACCCACGAAUGGACUUUACGAUGGAUGAUUGGAAUAUGGAUUUUAAUCUGCCGGAGUCGUGGUUAUUGUCAGGAUGGGAAGAUAAUCAGCCCUGGGGAUUGCAGUUAUAGAUACCAUGGGAGGGGGCCGAAGCGUUCAAUGGCUGUUGAGUGAAUAGAUGGAUGUAAGAACAAGGUGUACAAUUACCACUCACUACAUAGACUCGUUUGGGGCAAUCCGGGAUCACGACUCAACCACAGGGACCGCAAGGGAAGACGUACAAAAUGAACAUAAAUUUACCUCUCUAUCAAACAGAGCCUGGAAUGUACUUAUACAUCUCGCAGGAAUGCCAACCAUCAAUUGAUUUGACGUAAGAUAUAUAAGGCGGGUCAGUGAACUCACAUCAUUCUCUCCCGAGUCUCCCCU